AAGGAGGAGACUCGAACUAGGGCUCUCUCUCUCUCUUGCUUACAAGUUUCGAGUACAACACACACACACUCUCUCUCUCUCUCUCUCUCAUCCGCUUGUACAAACCCCGGCCGGGAUUCGAUCUCGCCAUCUCCUCACCACUACGACUUACAAAUACAGAAGACGUCGAUUUUCCCUCUCGAUUUUCUUCGCGCCUUAACCGUACCAACGGCUUUUCGUCACGCUAAAACAAUUUCCGACAAUGGCGUCGCGUUUUCAGGCCGCCGCGCUCGUGGCUUCUCCGUCGCAUCCCAAUGCCGUCGCGUGGUCCGACGAGAACUUGGUCGCUGUAGCUUCUGGGCAUAUCGUCACGAUUCUGAAUCCGGCUACGCCUUUUGGACCUCGAGGCCUGAUUACUAUCUCACCCAGCAAACCUUUUCCGAUUGGCGUCGUUGAAAGGAAAGAUUUGCUCUCGGGCUGCUUGUUGCCGACAUGUUUAUCACGUGACCCCCGUCCUUGUGUUCGUUCAAUUUCCUGGUCCCCAGUUGGAUUUGCUCCGAACUCAGGGUGCCUGCUUGCUGUUUGCACCACAGAAGGUCGCGUGAAGCUUUAUCGCAUGCCCUAUUGUGAGUUUUCUGCAGAGUGGGUAGAGGCUGAUGACAUAUCGGAAAUGCUGUAUAGUUAUUUUGCAAGUAUCAACUUUGUGGAGUCAGAUGAUAGCAAUUCAGAAAUUUCAAACGAGCAAGCAAAUCAACUCAGCUUAGAGGUAGUUGAGAUCAAAUCUGGCAAUAUGAAAGCAAAUAAUCUGAACCAAAUUGUUUGUGUGCCUAAUUCUAGAGCAAAACCUCUGAAGAAAAAAGAAGAAAGACCCUGUCUACCACAAAUAACUGCAAAUCAGUAUUCCUUUCGCAGCACAAUUCUAUCAUCACUUGUUGUUGCUUGGUCGCCAGUUGUGCAGUUGGCGUCUGAAAUGGAGCCAGUUUCUGCAAAAUACUCAUCCAACCGCUGUUCUAUACUUGCUGUGGGAGGGAAGUCUGGAAAGGUUUCAUUUUGGAGAUUCCUUGAACCGUCGUGCUUCUCUGUUAUGAGCAACAGAGAUUCAACUUCUGCAUCACUGGUUGGAGUUCUUCAGGUACAUAGUGCUUGGAUCACUGCCAUUUGUUGGGCCUCGUAUUCUUCUGGUGCCUCAGAUCCCCAACUCUUAUUGGCUACUGGGAGUUCUGAUGGGAGUGUGAAGAUCUGGAUUGGGUAUGGUGGGGCAUUGUUGAAGUCUUCAGAUGUUAAUAAUGCUCCAUUUUCCCUGUUAAAGGAGGUUAUGACUGUUGAUUUUGUCCCAGUCUCUGUAGUUUCACUUAUUGUGCCCAUCCAGUCUGCAAACAAAAUGCAUUUAGCUGUUGGCAAAGGAUCUGGGUCUUUUGAUGUGUGGAUUUGUGACAUAUCUUCAACUACCGGCAAAUUUGAUAAACUUGGCUCAUAUGGUGCACAUGACCAUAUUAUUACAGGGUUAGCGUGGGCAUUUGAUGGAUGUUGUCUGUACAGCUGUAGCCAGGACAAUUCUGUUUAUAACUGGACCUUAUGUGACAGCCGCCUCUGUGAAGUACCCUUUCCUUCAAAUAUUCCUUUUGUAAAGAGUUCCGGCGAUGUUCCAAAUGUGUUUGAUUCAUGCUUUGGUUUAGCAACAUCCCCUGGAAAUCUGGUGAUUGCCGUGGCCCGUAGUUUUGAUGCUGAUCUAUUGAAUCCGAUGUACCAGGCAAGGAGUCAGAAGGCUGCUAUUGAGUUCUUCUGGAUAGGUGGGCAGCAAUGGGACGUUUUAUCUAACAGAGACCCUGAUUUUGAUGUUGAAGCAAUUUCUGGUUUCCCGGAGAAGGAAUUAGUUUAUUGGACGCACAGUAUUUUGUUAUCUUUGAAACAAUAUGAAAAUGUGGAGAAGCCUCUGGUUGUUUGGGAUAUCAUAACAGCUUUAUUGGCGUUCAAGCAGUCUGCACCGAAGUAUGUUGAGCACGUACUGGCCAAGUGGCUGAUGUCAUGUGUGGGAAUCCAGUUGGGUCUUCCUAUUGCAAAAACCUUGUCAGAGGUUUCUAGAUUACUCUCAAAUAUUGGUUCCCGCCAGUUGCACCUCCUCAACAUUGUAAAUCGGCGUGUAGUCUUGGCAGAGCUGAAGGCAGAUAAUAUUAACUGUGGUCAGACAAAUUUAGGACCGAUUGGUGCUGAAGAAGACGUUGCUUUGUGGAUGGAGCUGCUUCUUGGCUGUGAAAAUGAACUCCGAGAAAGGCUUGUGGCUUUUAGUUUUUCUGCCAUUUCGAGCUCUAUAUCCACUUCAUCCUCAAAUGGAGACUGGCAACCGGUGGGAUUGGCACAAAUGGGGCAAUGGGUUGCACAUAAUGGUGAUAAUGUACGGGAUCAUCUGAAACUCCUUGUGGCCGGUUUCAGAAAGCUUAAUAAUAGGUAUGCAGCAGAAGAGCAAUGCAGCUAUUGUUCAGCAUCUGUUCCUUUUGAAUCUACAGAGUUUGCUUUCUGCCGGGCUGCAAGUAGCAGUGGCGGAGUUGGUCAGAGCCAUAAACUGCUACGGUGUGCUGCUUCCAUGCAGGUCUGCCCUGCUACUCCUUCAUGGUUUUGCAUUUGUUGUCAGAGAUGGGUUUCCAAAUUGGCGCCCCAGGCUCUAUUUAGAAUGGCGACUUGUCCUUUUGAUUUCGAGUUCUCUACUGUAUCUUCAAGGCCUGAAGUAAUUUCAAAACCCUUGUGUCCCUUUUGUGGGAUACUGCUUCAGAGAUUACAGCCAGAAUUUCUGCUUUCAAAAUCACCAGUGUAAAUCAAUCAUAUUUUGUAGUUGAUGUAUCAUAAGUGAUAAUUAUCCUAUCAAGUGCCAAUCCACCAGUGUAAAUUAGAUAUAUCUAGGAUUAUGUUGUACAAUAGUAUGUGAUAACCGUCCUGUCAGUGCCAUUGUUGAGCUUAAUGUUGGAUAAAGCAUCGCAAAUGGCGGAACCACGGGGUAAUAACAGUUCCAUUACUUGUGUUUUAAUUUGUUUUCUAUAUUCAGCA